AAUAAAUAGGAAAAAAGGCAAGCAGCAAGAUUUACAAGAUAUUGAAAUAAAAAAGAAUAAAUAAAGAAACAAAAGAAGAUUAAAAGGAAAAUAGAAACAAGAAACUUUUAUAAGAUAUGAAAUUAUUCAAAGAAAAUAAGGAAAUUUUUACAGAAGAGUAGAAAAGAGAAAAGAAAAUUCAAAUGCAAAAGAGAAAGCAAAGUUGCAAAUAAAUCAGUUUUCCAUUAAGCAGCAGCAAUUGAAAAAUUUUUAAGAGUACAGAUUUAAUUCUUUUUUUAGUAUAAGAAGAGUAGUGGCGGUAAUGUUGCAAUUAAAAGAAAACUGUAAAGUUUUCUAAUAGUUUUUUUUUCUAAAAUUUUUUUUUUUUACAAAUUAUCUGCUUUGUUAAAUAAUUAUAAAAUUAAUAAAAUAAUAUUGAAGUAGAUUUUCGAUCUCUUUUCGAUUUUUUUUUCGUUAACUUAAAAUCCCAGAAAAAUGGGAUCAUGCAGAAAUCAAUAAAAAACAACGCCUAUUGUGGAGUCGUCAACUAAAUGCCAAAAAAAAACAAGCUUAUCUCAAAAAAGUGUUCAGAUAAACAAAAUAAAAAAAAAAACAAAAAUACAACGAAAACAUUCUUAUCAUUCAACGAUUUGUUAUCAGGAAGUUCAUUAUAACAUACUCAUACGGUGACUUUAACGUAGCUAUAGAGAAAAUGACAUCUUCAGUUGGUUUAAAAAAAAUCGAAAGUAAUACAACGACUCUUUCUUCUACAGCGGAAGAUUGCGGUAAUAAUAAUAACGAUAAUAGUGGUAAUGCUAAUAAUAUUAUAAUGAGUGAUGAUAUCGCAAUAUCACCUAUAGAGGGAUAUUCAGAAGUUAAAGAGAUACCCAGUCCAUAUUCGAAAAUUGUAAAUGUUUGUUCAUCGUCAGGUGAAUCAACACCAACAGCUAAUGGAUCUGUUGAAAAUAUAAUGAUAAUAACAAAUUCAUCAGAAACAUCGACAAUAUCUUUAACAAAAACAACAUCCUCUAUAACAAAUACAACAACAAUAGCAAAUUCAGUAACAUCACCUGUAAUCGCUGGAAUAAUUAAUAGUCCAUCAUCAAUAAUUGCUAAUAGAAAUUUUUGUACUAUGUCUGGUAUAAAUGAUAUGCCACAAUGGAAGAAAGAUUUAAUUGCAAGGAAAAAAAGCAAUAAUUCAAAAACAAAUGAAACAAAACAACAAUUUGAAACGGUGGCUAACAGUACUGUUAAAAAUGCAAACGAACAGAGUCCGUCAUUUUUAUUUAAAAAGUUGUCACCUGUAACGUCAACGUCAAAAUCGAUAAAUUCGUUUACUGUAAAAUCACCUGUAACAUUAUUGUCUAAGUCUUCUUCUGUUAAUUUGAAUUCCAACCAAUCGAUUUCGUCCAAUAAAAUUUCUUGUAUUACAUCAUCAACCAAAGAUGUUGCUUUUGAUAAUACAAGUAGAAAAUCUUCAAUGAAAACAAACCAAAGCUCUACAAUUGCAUUAUCAGAAGGUAUUAAUGAUAAUAGUAAUAAUAAUAUAAAUACUAGUCAACAAGAAUUUAAUAUCAUCAAAGAAGAUACAAAACAAUCAAAUAAAUCAUCAUUAGCGACAUCAACAUCAGCAACAAAUGAACAAUUAUUAAGUAAAGAUGAUUCAACACCAGACAAUAACGUUAGUAGUUGUACUAGAAAUCAAAUGCCGGUAAAAUUUAAUAAUGUGAAGUCAGUAGCUAACAAAUACAAAGAAAAUUUAAUUUUAAAUUUAUCAAUAACACCGUCGUCAUCAUCAUUACCAUCAUCAUUAUCAACACUGUUACCGUCAACAACAAAAUCAUCAACAUCUGUUGUGAAAACAAUUGUUGGAGAAAUAACCAGUAAAGGUCAAUAUACUAAUAGUAGCAAUAAAAUGAUUGAUAGUUCAAAUACUAUUAUAAAAAGUGAAAUAUUAAAUCAUAAUAUGGCAGCAACUACAAUUACAACAACAACUGACUCAACAUCAUCAACAACAAUGGCAUCACUGCAACAACAACCAUUUAAAUCUGGAAAAAUAUCAAAUCGUAUUGGAAUACAAACACUAGAAGAAAAUAAAAAUGAUAUUGAUGAAACAAAAGCAUGUGAAAUAAAUGUUGAAAGUGUUAGUAAUGAUACAACCACAAUUGCUCCACCAAUUCCAAUGCGACGUACUAGUCUUAAUCAGCAACAUAAAAUAGAGCAACAACAAUUAAAAAAUUAUAUGGCAACAUCGCUUCAAAACAAAAGCGACAAUAUGUUAAAUAUAAAUAAUGAAAACUCAAUGGAAGUAGAUUUGCAGCAACAUUUUACAUUACUGGAGCAAAAGCAACAAAAUGAACGAAAUAUUCCCUCAAAAGAAAUAGAAGAUGAAAAUGAAAAUGAAACAGAACAAAAAAUUUUACUGCUAACGAACGCGAAUGCGAAUCAGUUACAUUCCAGAUACGAAAGUAAUAAGUUCGGUAUAACUCCGUGCGAGGUUGACGAUUACGCGUUAAAUAAAAAUAAAUUAUUGAAAACUUCAAUUGCCAGCAAUAGCAAUUGUAGUGAUUCUAAAACAAAGAAAGAUAAAAUCGAAUCGAUUAAUGAUUCCGGAUUAACAAUUAUCGACGGUGACGGUAGUAAUAGCGGUAAUUUUGACGAAAUUAUAAAUACAGGAAAUUUAGAAAAUUUUAUCAAUAAUAAGUCAUUAAAUGAUUUAAUGAAUAAUAGUGAUGAUAAAAUUGGCAAUGAUUUUCUUAGUGACAAUAAUAAAACAUACGGAAAUGUUUCAUUAUUAAAUUUUAACGUGAAAAAAUCAUUACCACAAUCAUUACAGUUGUCUGCUGCUGCCAUUUCUUCGAAUUCUAUUAAGCCACUACAACAAUCGUAUCAUCAUCAAGGAUACAUUAAAAAUCCAACUGUAAAUAAGAAUUCAACAGCUACAAUCAAUAAAUAUAUUGCAGCUGCAGCUGCAAAAAAUCAUAAUACAACAACUUCCAUUAAUAAUAGUAACAUAGAUAGUAAUAAUAUAUUUAAAAAAAAAUCCAUAUCACCAUCGACAUCACCAUCGUCUUCACCAAAGAAAAAUUUAUUAUUGAAUAGUUGUUUUGUUACAACGACGGCUGCAACAACAAAAUUAUUAACAACAACCAUAGUAACAAAUACAACAAGUUCAUUGCCAUCAUCAUCAUCAUCAUUAAUAUCAUCGCCGUCGUCAUCGUCGUCUUCAUCGUUGUUGUCUAAUUAUAAACAACAGCAAAAUAAAAAUAUACAAAAUUUGGUUAGUUCUAAUAAUAAAAUGGUUGCUGUACCAGAAAUUCAAUUAAAGUCAAAUUCUUCAUCAAAAUCAGCAGGAGCAAAUGGUGAAUCAUCAAAUAAUGUUGCGGACUCUUCCGUUACUACCACAAUAAAUAAUGCAAAAACCACUGCCGUAAUAAAUAACAGCAAUAAUAAUUUAAAACGAACGAAAAUGAUUGAUAAUGUUAAAAAUACAAAAAGUAAAGAUGAUGAAUUCAAUGAUUUUGAUCCUUCCGAAGAAUUAGAAUAUGGUCCUGGAAUUGUUUCAAAACUUCGCUGUCGUUAUUUAAGCCUAGCUUUAAGACAAUCUACAGGAAAACAGCGUCUGCCUUUGGACAAUCUUCGGCGGGCAACAAGCUUGAAUAAUCUAUUAGAUGGUGGUAGCGGUACAAAUGUUGUUAAUAAAGUAAAUGGUGCUUGUGGUACAACAAAUAAAUCAAAAAAUAAUCAUAAUAAUGAUAAUAAUGUAAUCGACGAGGAUGAUAAUGAUUAUGAACAUUUGAUUAUAAAUUCAAAUCACAAUCAUUAUAUAAAUAAUAAAAAUCGCAACCAAAAAAUAUUAAGUCAACAACAGAAUGGUUUGUCUAAUAAUUUAAAAGAAAUUAAAGAGCAAGAUGUAGUAAAAACUUUAACAGAAAAUUCUUGUUCUUCAUCAUUAUCACCAUCAUCAUCAAGAAAUACCACAAUAACUGCUGAUAUUAAUGCUGGCUCUUUAUUAUUAACGAUAAAUGAUAAUGUUGAAAAACCGGAAUAUCAACAAGAUGAACAACAGCAACAACAACAAAAAAAUUCUUUUAUAAGUAAAAAUAUACAACAAACAUCUGCUGAUGGUGCCAUUUCUACUGCUAUAGGAAAAAAUUCAGUUUCAGCAAUUAUUGCAGAAAAAAAUCUUUUAAAUAAAACAGGUUGUAAUACAAAUUUUGAUCAGUACCAACACUAUCAACAACAACAAAAUUAUAAUAAUCAACAACCGAAUCAAUACAUAAGAAAUACAGCUGCUGCUGUUGCUGCAGGGAUAAUACGUAGUGGCCGUCAAGUUAAGAGAGGAAAUGAUUCUAUUAAAAGAGCAAGGUCAGUUGAAGCAUUGUUAUGUGAAAAACCAGAUAUUUGGUCUGGUAAUAUUGAUAUAAAUGCCGAUACUGACAAUACUGUUUUAAAUGAUAUUGAUGAAUUAAAGGAUAAUAAAAUUUGUAAUAAAAAAGAUAAUAUAAUAAUGUCGAAUUCAGCUUAUGCAGCAUUAUAUUAUAAUAAUAAUAGCAAUAAUGCAAGUAGUGUUAACUGUAAUAUUCCAUCAAAUAGUAAUGGAUCACCUAUUUUAACAGAGGUUACAAUUGAAGACAAAAUUUUAAAUGCACGAGAACAGAGAAAACAUGAAAAGCAUCCACCUAAAAGAUUGACCUCUGUAAUUGAUGAUACAGAACGUCCUCCACCAGAUGUCGUUAAGCAAACGCUGAAAAUUUUUGAGGCGUCUGCUAAUCGUCGCGGCGGUAGAGGUAUUUCUAAAAAUCAUCAAAGUGGCCAUGUUGCUAUGAAAGUAGCAAAUUAUAAAUCGAUUAUAUCACAAGAUCAAAAGCCACCUAUAUCAUAUCCAAAACCGCCAUUAAGUCCAAAACGCUUAGGUACUUUAAAUAAUACUGCAGUUACGAAUGGUGUUAAAUCGAAACCAAAUACACUAAAUAUUCAAAAUGGUAGUGCUUUAAAUACAAAUAAUAACAAUAAAAAAUUCAACAAAAACUCGCCAAAAGUUAGUAGUCCAGUUUCAAAUUUAACAAAACGUUUUAAUAAUCAAAAUUCAGAAGACUCAGCAGUAAAUGAAAUCAUUAAUAAAUCGCCUGUACCAUUGAAUAGUAUUGCAUCACCAACAACAUUAAAUCAUGCUGCAUAUUUAAGAAAUCGAAAUGAAAGUACACCUAUAAGGACGACGCAACAAAUUCGUGCUCCAGAUAUAAUUCCAAGAAAAUUAUUUGAUAAUAACUUAGGAAUCUCCCCAGUUAUUGACACCGAGAAUUUGCAAUCAACGAACAAUAAUGUUGUUGACAAUUCAACAACCGAUUCCCCAAUUACACAAAUAACAAAACGAAUGGAUCGUUUAAAAAUUGAAACUCCUUCACCAACAUUGUUAAAUUCAAAUUCAUCUGUUGUUUCUUCUCAAGGAGACGCCACUACAACGCCAAUUAAAGUUUAUCAUCCAAAUAAUAAAUCAUCUGGAUCUGAAAGUACAGAUUAUGAUGAUGAGAUUUAUAGUUAUGAUGUUACAGCUGUAGAUGAAGAUGACGCUGAUGAUGAUGAUGACUCAGUUGAUGGUGAUAAUGAUAUGAUUGUUAAAAAAAUAUCAAAAACUGCUCUUGAAAAUAUUUCUAAAGCUGGUAGUUCUCAGUGUUUUAGUUUCAAAAAUGUUAAAACAACACCACUUAUUGGCAUUAAUCCAACAACAUCUGCUGAGCAUAUAACACCAACUCCAGCACCCAAACAAGUUGGUAUAAUAAGACCAUUAGUAGCUGAACCAAAAAUUAUAACAAACAUAUCGUCAAAUAUUACAUCAGAUAUAAUGUCAUCAGUAAAUAAUAGCCAAACGGAUAAGUUAAAAUUAACAUCAAUUAAUGAUAAUGUUACGGAUAAAUCUGCUAAAAUUCUACCCAUAAUACAAGAAAAUUUACCACCACAACCAAAAAAACGUAGUUCAAUUGGUAUAGAUCAAGAUCAUAGUAUUACUAGUGGUGGUAACAUUGAUAAUAAUUUAGUCAUAACAAAUAUAAAUCAAAAUCAAACUAAAUUAGCAUCUUCAUCAGUAUCAAAUAAUAUUAAUAAUAAGAAUAUAAGUAUUUUAGAAUCGAAUUCUUCAGAUAAUAAUAUUAAGCCGGCAUUAACAUCGCGUGAAAUCGAAAAAAAUUUAAUAAAUGAAAAGAAAAAUGAAUUAGCAAAUUUAGAAAAUAGUGGGAAUUCUAAUAUAAUAACAGCAACAGGAACAAUAACAGCAACAAGUACUGCAAAUAUAAAUAAUAAUAAUAGUAAUAAUAACGAAUUAAAUAAUUGGCAACAACAAUUAAUACAGAAAAAGAAAAAUUCAAAUAACAGUACCGGUCCAAUUGAGACGCAAAACAAUAUUAUGGUAUUCAAUUUUAAGGAUAGAAAAGAAGUUCCUGAUUAUAUUGAAAAUGAUGGGCUAUUUAUUAAAAGGAAACGAGAAUUACCAAAGCCAAAUGAAUCCGGUUUCGUAUUACUUGGUGAUUUAUCAUUAGAAACUUCAACUGAUCCAGAUGAUUCAUGGACAAUGGGUCCACCAUCACCGUGUAACGUUGAAUUUGAAAAUGCAAAUAUUAUUAUUGAUGGAAAAUCGAGUUUACGUUUUCGUUCAAGAGAUGGAAGUUUGCGAGUUCAAUUUGAUGAUACAUUAACAUCAACAUUUGAAUAUCCAUCAGAGUCUUCAUUAUUAGAUGAAUUUGCUUUGACACCGAAUGAUAGUUUUUAUGCAACAAAUUCAAAUGAAACAGAUCAAAUAGACAAUAAAUCACAUAAUAUUGAAGCCGAAGAAUUAAUACCAAUUCAAAUGUUAUCAUCAUCAACAUCAUCAUCAGCUACAACAAUAACAUCACCAUUACCAACUCAUACAAAAUCAUUGGGAAAUAUGCCAAUAGAUAACCAAAAAACUAAAGAGGAAAUUAUUACACCAAUAAAAAUAACUACAGCAAUAAUACCUUCUAUUAAUUCAGAUGCUAUAAUAUCAACAGUAAAAAUAUUACGUCCAUCGGAUCCCCCACCACCGAUACCACCUACAAGAACGAAAAUAUUAAAAAUAGUAUCAGAAAAACCAAUGUCAGUACUAACAACAGCAAUUGCUACAGCAACAACGGCAACGACAUCUGCAGCAACAGCAAAUUUUUAUCAAUUGCAAUCGAAAUCUUUAACAUUACCAUUAACUAAUAAAAAUUUAUUAGAAAAAGAUAAAAUAAAAAUCAAAUCAAAUAUAUUAUUGUCACCAACAAAUUUACAACCAACACCACAACCACCACCACCGCCAGUUCCAUUGAACAAACCAAUAAAUUUUAAACCCAAGCCAUUAUUAUCAUCAUCAUCAUUUUCAUCAUCAAAUAAAACUAUUUCACCAAUUAAUUUUAAACCCUUAACACAAAUAUCAUCAUCAUUAAAUAAAUUCAAUAUAAUAGCAACGACAAAUAUUAAACCUUUUUCAUCUUCAAUAUUUCAAUCUCCAUUGGUGGUUCCUAUUAAUGCAACAAUUACAAAUGAUAAAUUCAAAUUAAAUACAACAAAUAAUUCAAAUAUUUCUACACCAUCAAUAUCAACGACAACUUCUGUCAAAUCACGUAUUUUACAAUUUCAAAAAUUGGAAUCUGAAAGUGCUAAAAGUAGAAAUAUUUUAUUAAAAAUUGAAACAUCCAAAUGUUCAUCAAAUAAAACCAAUAAUAAUAAAAAUAAUAGUGGUUUAUUGAAACUACAAAAAACUGAAACUUCAUCAAUUAUUAUUCCAUCAACAACAACCGAUAAUUCAAGAACAGAUCAAGAUAAAAAUUCUUCAAAUUCUGUAGUUUUCAAUUCAUUAAUUUCAAUAGGAACUGAAUCGAUAGUUUAAAAAUAAUAAUAAAAAUACACAAGGGCCUGUUUAACUUUACGAAAAAUUUUUAAAUUGAAAACAUAUAUAUAAAUAUAUAUUCAUAAUUUAAAAAAUAUACAAUUAUAUUAUUCUUAUUUUGUUAAAUUGAAAUUUAAAUUAAAAAAAUUUCUUAUAUUUCGAUGCAAAAAUUAAUUAAAUAUUUUUGUUCUUUUUUUUUUUUGUUUAAGCACUUAAAAUUUUUCAAUACAUAGUGUAGAAUUAUUAAAAUAUAUAUUUAAUUUAAAAACAAUUAUAAUCUCUAUAUUUAUAUAUAGCUGAAAUUAUUUAUUGUUAAAUUAUAAUUUAUAUUUUUAAAUGUGUGGAUUUUCAAUAAUAUUGUUAUGUUAUUUAAUAUUCAAUUUUAAUUAUGCAUACAUAUAUAUUAAUAAUUACUAAAGUUUAAAUUAAAUAA